AUGACCGAGGCAGUGGCGUGCGCAGCUGCCGAACAGGGCGACGACUGCAAGGCGGCCCCCGCCCCCCUGCCCACCCUGGUACUGGCCGAGGAAGCGGUCGACGUGGGCCCUGGCUCAUCCACAGUCUCCGUAGCGGGCACUGCCGGGGACCGGCUGGCAGAGGUGGCCUCUGUGGCCUCUGCGGGCGACUACGCUGACCCCAGCUACAUGCUUGGGGACUCUGUCAGUCCCCAGACGGCGGCCCCGCCAGAGGUGGACGCUGGGACUGCGAGCGAGGCCGCCAUCCUGGUCUCUGACGCCAUUGCCUCGGCCCUCACCUCAGAGGUGGUGGCAGAAGGAGCGAGGGGCAACGAGCAGGCGGCACAGAGCCAUGGCCCAGCACAGCACGACUUGGCGUCUGCGCCGAAGGAGGCGAGCCCUGUCGCUCACGCACCUGCCGGGCAGGAGUUGGCAGUGGAGCUGGAGGCAGAGGGCCAGGGAGUCUCCGUCAAGGUGGAAGUUCCCGGAGAAGCUUACAAAGCUGAUUCAAAUGGCGAGCAAAUGGCGGGAUGCAACGAAGCUGAUGUCAAGCAGACGGCAGGGACGGAGCGGGUCACGUCAAACGGCAAACAGCCAGCAGGAGCUGGGGAGGAGCAUGCAUCGAACUCAAAGGCGCCCGCCGCGCCCGCCGCGCCCUCAUCGCUCGACGGCGGCAGGGGUUCACGCAGUGCCACGCCGCGCUCCGGCCGGCGCAACGUCCGAUUCGAGGACGAGGAGUGCAAGCCGGGGGCGGAACUCGCCGGUGCCCUGGCAGGCGUGCUGGGCGUCGCCGCCGGCGGCACCGGUGCCGCCGCUGCCGCGACGCCGCUGGCUGAGGAGACGCUGCAGGCCGCCGGCGGCGGGGGGCUGGUGGGGCGAGAGGUGGGCAUGACCACCGAGGAGGAUCCCCGCAGGACCACCAAGGAGGGGUCGUGUGCCGCCACCCAAGACCCACUGCGGGAGCCAGAGACACUGGCGUCCCAGCCGGAGGCGCUGGACGUCUGGCUGAGGGAGUGGGCGGAGUGGGGACAUGCCCACGCCGGGUCCCUGGCAGUUGUGGCGGGGGCCACGGCAGCGCUCGUCGGCCUCGCCAGCCUUCUGUGGGGCGGACCCGGCAGGCGGCGCGGCAGGGCCGCCCCCCUCUGGCACUGA